AAGGUCGGACGGAAGUUUCCAAAGCUUCCGGUGGCCGGCUUGGUAGGGAACCAUGGCUAAACAUCAUCCGGACUUGAUAUUUUGCCGCAAGCAAGCUGGUGUAGCCAUUGGAAGACUGUGUGAAAAAUGUGACGGCAAGUGUGUGAUUUGCGACUCCUAUGUGCGUCCCUGUACCCUGGUUCGCAUAUGUGAUGAAUGCAACUAUGGCUCUUACCAGGGACGCUGUGUCAUCUGUGGAGGGCCCGGAGUCUCUGAUGCCUAUUAUUGUAAGGAGUGCACCAUCCAGGAGAAGGAUAGAGAUGGAUGCCCAAAGAUUGUCAAUUUGGGGAGCUCUAAGACAGAUCUCUUCUAUGAACGCAAAAAAUAUGGCUUCAAGAAGAGGUGAUUGGUGGGUGGCCCCUCCUUCCCCCAUCACACUGCUGCAGCUGCCAGAAAAGACGCCUCCUACUACCAGCAGAAGGGAACAGAGCCCAGAGCAUCACCAGAAUCGCCUGCCAAGUGCUGGCACCUUGCCACCUUUCUUUUGCCCUCACCCAGACAUGGUAGAAAUGGAUAAGGAUGCCGCAUUGAGCACUUGGGCAGACUGGAUCAGAAGUUGAUUAGUUCAUGGUUUUUCUCGAGUUCGAAAAGCAAGAUUCUGUUUUCCAUACCAGUAUACUCUCUUCACCAAGAGCUUCUCAACAGGAAUACCAUCGUCGUAGUCCUCUUGUUUGAGGAACUGAUGAUGAAGCUACCCAUCAUGAACCGUGUUCUCGCAGCAGUUCUGAUAGCGCUUGUCCUUGAAAAAUCUCCAGCGUGUAGUGGGGAGCUCUUGGAACAACAAACGUGGGCCUUUCCUCUCGUAAUGUUUAGCCGGUGGUGCUGGUUUCAUGUUAUUUUUCUUCUGAAAGAUUGGAAACCCUUUCUGUGCUAGUGUUUUAAUAAAGUUGGCGUUUAUUUUCUGGUAGUCA